CAUCAUCCCUUUCCUCCUCGCACUUCUUUCAUCACCCUUUUUUCCUUCCCUCCACUUCGCACCCAACCUUGAAAGGGAAACAAAACAGGAAGAACGUCAUGUCUCAACUAGAACGUCGUCGUCCUACUGGGGAUGCCUCCGCGGGAGCCGGCAGUGACAACACCGACGGACAGCCUGCUUCGACCGCAAACACCUCAACAGCAGGAGCAGCAGCCCGCAAUGGUCAAGGACAGCAGCAACCGCAGGAGCAAAAGCAGACGCUCACCCAAACUCUUUCACAGAUGCUUCUGCGCGCCAUGAUGGCCUAUGCUGUCCUCACCUUUUUCAACGGAGGUUUCAGUGGAAAGAGCCAGGCACCAUCACCCGCACCAGAAUCGAUUGUGACCACGACGACGGGUCCUGAGGGUGUAGUGCAGCAGGCCUUUCCUCAGAUGUCCUUUGAGCCGCCAAAGCUCUACCCACUUUGGGCACCUAAAACCAAAGCCGAUAUGUUUGUCUAUCUUUCUGAGGAGCACGAUUUCAAAGACUUUGACAACAAGGACAACCUCGUCUGGCGAUCCAACGAUAUUGAACUCGGUGAUUGGAGCGAGGACCGCGUCGUGGAUCUUUCAAUCGUCCCCUCCAAGCAUGUUCAGAACAAUGGUACCCUAUAUGCCCAUAUCUACUUUGCGAAGCAGCCUGCGAUCCUCGAUCCUACUUCUGCAGGCUUCAGUGCCGACAAUCGAGUGUACACCCGCAAGAUGCUGACCCGCUACUACCCCAAGAAAAGGGAGUUUAAGGUCAAGAAACUUGUUGGCGGCAAGCAUGAGGAAUCAGAAUCCGGGAAGCAAGGAGUGGAAGACACAUCCGCCCCUGCCUCAACCAUUGUCCCAUACUGGCACCAGAACCUUACGCUUACCGUGUUGUCCGAUCGCACCGUUGUUCCAUAUGCGGGAAUCCCUCCAGAGCUGAAAGGAAUGUAUCAAUUGGAGAGUACGGGAAUGCAUGACCAGCAAGGCAAUGGAUUCGUGCUCCCAGCUCUCUACGUAAACGACUUUUGGCUUUUGAAAGAGCAGAUGACCCUCAUCAACAGCACUGUCAAAGAACUUCCUUUGAGGAUCAACUUCUAUCCGAUCAGCUACAUGAAGCUGCAGAUGUACGCCUCUAUGGAUAUCGGCAUGAAGCGACAGACUGGAAUGAUGGGAAGCACCGGUGGGGAGUUGGAUGAGGUCAAGCGCAUGCUGAUUGAGACCAACCCGUACCUCUUGAUCUUGACAGUCAUUGUCAGCUGCUUGCAUAGUGCCUUUGAGAUGCUUGCAUUUAAGAAUGAUAUUGCCUUCUGGAAGGACAAAAAGGGCACAGCAGGCCUGUCAGUGCGUUCGAUCUUCUUAGACAUUGCGCAGCAGAUUAUCGUCUUCGCGUACUUGAUGGACAACAACCAGGACACCAGUUACAUGAUUCUGAUCGGACAGGGUAUCGGUCUCGCAAUUGAGCUGUGGAAGGUCAAGAAGGCGCUCAAGAUCGACAUCGUUCCUGCCACCUCUGGGUUCCUUCCUUACCGCCUGCACUUCAACACCUCAGAACCCCUGACGGAUUUGGAGUCAAAGACCAAGGAGUAUGACGAGGAGGCGUUCAAAUACCUGUCCUGGGCGGCCUUCCCAUUGCUAGGCUGCUACGCCGUGUACUCAUUGCUGUAUCAGGAGCAUAAGUCGUGGUACUCGUUCAUUGUGAGCACCCUGGUUGGGUUCGUGUAUACAUUCGGGUUCAUCAAGAUGACACCUCAGCUGUUUAUCAACUAUAAACUGAAGAGUGUGGCGCACAUGCCGUUUAGGACGAUGAUGUACAAGUCGUUGAAUACGUUUAUCGACGACUUGUUCUCAUUCAUUAUCAAGAUGCCGAUGCUGCAUCGUCUGGCGUGCCUUCGUGACGAUAUCGUGUUCUUCGUCUACCUGUACCAGCGAUAUAUCUACCGCACGGAUCAUAGCCGCGCCAAUGAGUUUGGACAAGUCGGCGACGAGGAGCCAAGCGAAGAGACCAAGCCGUUGUUGGAGGCGCAGGAGAAGAUUGAGUCCAAGAAGGACAAGUAAAGCAGCUAGCUAUACCUUCAAUUCACUUUUCUAGACCUCUGUUUACUCGAUUAAAAAAA